AUGCUUUGGACGCUGUCCAAGGAGCGCUGGGACUUCAAUAAGAGAUGGGUGGCCAUACGGCUGGCCCUCGACCACCUGCAGCUGCUGGCACUGGUGCUUGGGCCCACGUUUGGCUGGGCCCUCGACUACAAGCAGCAGUGGUGGGACGCGCUGGCGGCGCCACUGGUGAAGCCCCUGGUGGCGCCCCUGACGCCCCCGCCCUCCCCGGAUGGCUGGGCACCUCAGGGGUACAAGCCGUUCCUGUGUCUGUUCUACGUGAUCGUGGGCCUGGCGGGCGCGACAAUGCUGGCGUGCGGCUUCGUGGCGUUCUCAUUCGCCAGGAAUGGCAUAUUCCCCAACAAAUGGCCGACGCGCCUGCUGCGCGCGGUGUGCGGGCUGUUCUACGGCGCCUGCUACCUCGGAGUCCUCAACAUCCUGGCGACGCCCCUCGACUGCCAGUACCUGGCGACCAGCUCGGCUGUGAAGAUGACGAGCGCGGACUUUGCCGGCGUAUCCUGCAAGCACGCCCCCCACCUGAUCCACCUCGGGGUGUCCGCGGUGAUGACGCUCCUCGUGGCCCUGGUCGCCCUGCUCUUCGCGCUUUCCGAGGCGUCCUGCAACCUCGGCAGCCACCACCCCAUGGCGGCCGGCCACGCGGGCGUGGAGGUCAAGGCGUGGCUGUUCAAGACUGUCAUCGUGCUGGCGGCCAACCUGCUGACGGGCCAGAAGCAGGUACAGCCGAUUGCGGUGGCAGUGGCGGCCGUGUGGCUCACAUACAUCUACAUCAGAUGGGAGCCCUACCACUUCCCCUGGAUGAACCACCUCCGCGCCGCCCUGUUUGCGGCGCCGGCCCUCAUCUCCUGCGUCUCGGUCCUCCUGCUCUGGCCACCCUCCCGCGCCGACCACGCGCGCGCGUGGCAGAUGACGGUCGCGGCGCUCGGGGCCGCGCCGGCGGCGGCGGUGGUGGCGGGGGUGGCGUCCUGGUGGCGGUGGCGGUGGGGCACGCAGCGGGCGCUUUGGGCCUUCAGGACUGCCGACCCCAGCCAGCUGGAAGGCCCCGCCCUGAAGGACCUUGUGCGCUUCGCCGGCCCCAUGGAGGCCGACCUGGCCGCCAGGGCGGCCGCGCGCACGUGGACAGACUAUUGGGAGGACGAGUUCGACUCGGAGGCGGUGGCGGCCGCCCUGAUGCGCUUCGACCGCAACCCCGGCCUCAUCCUGGCGAAUGCAUCGCUGAUGAUCGACGUCCAGGGCAACGCGCAUGCGGGCAGCAGCCAGGUGCAGGCGGCAAAAAAGCUGGAGCCCAGCACGGCCCAGCGCUUUGUCAUUUUUGUGCGGGAGCAGCAGCAGAUGGCGCGUCUGCAGACCCAGGGCGCCGCGACAGAGUCGGCGCUGGACCUGUCGGCCUAUGUCGAGUUCAAUAGGAACUACAAGCAGGCGCUGCGCGUGCACAAGUCGGCGCUCCACUCGGCGCGCAACUUCUGGCGCGCGCUGCUGCGCGCUGACGUGGCGUUCAACGACAUGGUCAAGGGGCUGGCCAAGAUCGAGGCCGCAAAGUAG